ACCAGCCAGCCAAUCGUCCAGCCAUGCCUCGCCCUCUCCCCGGCCACAUGGCCCUCAAGGACUUCAACGCCCGCAAGGCUGUCGCCAGCAACGAGCUCCUCCGCCGUGCCUACCUCUACCUCAUGCGCAACGAGACCCUCGACCCUAAGAUCCGCUCGGCCGCCAUGCUCAAGCUCAACGCCUUCCCGCGCAACACUCGGCCAGCCGCCGUCAAGAACCGCUGCGUCGAGACCGGUCGUGGAGGCGGUGUCCUCAGCGAGUUUGGCCUGUGCAGGCACCGCUUCAAGCUCGCGGCCGAGCAGGGCAACAUUCCGGGCGUCUCUCGUGCGUCGUGGUGAGCAGAGCUGGGCAAGGAGGAGGCUCCACGACGAGCCGGCGAGCAGCAGUACCGUGUGUGUAUCACCAGACGCAUCAUUCCCCUUC